CCCUAGCCGGGUGGGUGGAGGCCGUCCCAGUCCCCCACCGUCCUCAGCGUCUCCCCCUCCUGCUCCCACCCGGGGCUCCGGGGCUCCGAAGCCAGGAAACCCAAGAGGAAAUGACUGGGCCCGUCUGGGUCCCCGCCCGCCGCGCUCUCCUGGCCACACCCUCGCCCGGACGCUGCUCCUGCUGCCCCGGCCCCUCGCGGCCGCAGCUCGGCUCGCGAUCCCCCGGCUCUGAUAUGUUGCCCUCCAGUCGCCUGUGUCUUCUCACCAUCGUUGGCCUGAUUGUGCCCAUCAGAGGACAGAGGUCGGAGAAGGCCACACCACUUUCUGCGGUGGACCCGACUACUGUGAACACUCAUGUUCUAAUAGAAGAUCCAGGUGCAGCCCACCUAGAAGGCCAGUCUAUCCUUCCGACCCCCACCCGGCCUGCUGAUGUCGAGGGGACAGAGACUCAGAACAGCCUCCCUGAGACCCCACCGCAAGUCGGGCACACAGCCGAGUUGGAGACCAAGACCCAGCAACCGACCGGAACAGACGCUUUUUUUCUGGUGACGGAUCCAGGAACACAGACCAGCAGCAAGGAAGCCACACACUCUGCUCGUCUCAGUGAAGGUACCACGGCCCUCUACCACAGACGGACGCCAGACAUCAGGAGGAAUGACACCCACAGACAACCUGGUCCAGAGAAGGACCCCUUCUCCUAUGAUGUGGACACUCUCCGGAAACGGGGGCUGCUGGUGGCAGCUGUGCUGUUCAUCACAGGGAUUGUCAUCCUCACCAGCGACAAGUGUAGGCAGAUGUCCCGAUUGUGCCGGAAGCGUGGCAGAGCCUACAGUGUGGUCAAUACCGGAAGCCAUGAGAGGGAAGACGCAGCUAGAUGCAGUCAUCCUUGAACUGACGGCCAAGUCCCGCCCUCCCCACCCUGCAAGCCUCUGAGGGCUGCUGACUCCCUGGCCCCGUUCAGAGCAGAAGUAAAGUGCUGUGAGAUCCUUUU